AUGGCUAAUUCACUUUAUUUUCCAUAUUUUAUUGAAAAAGACAAAAAAUUAAAAUUAAUUUUUAUAUCUUUUAUUCACAAAUAUUCAAUGUAUAAAUACCACUUUUCUGAAUUGAUACCUGCAAAAUGGACUUUAGAAGAACAUAUUUAA